GCAUAGGAAGAUAUAUAGAGCACUGAUUUUUUAGCGACCUUCAUCCCUUCAUCAUGGCAACUAAUUAUCUCCUCUACCUUUCCUCCUACUUAACUCUCUUUUUCCUGGUUACAAACUUCUGCUCUUGCUUCAACCCCAAGCUUCUUAAUGUAUCGAAAAUUCAAUACCAAUCCCAAUCUGAUUGGUCACCCGCUGGUGCAACCUGGUAUGGAAGCCCUACUGGCGCAGGAAGUGAUGGUGGGGCUUGUGGAUACACCAGUGCGGUUGAUCAGCCACCAUUCUCUUCUUUAAUAUCGGCAGGAGGUCCUUCCCUCUAUAACUCGGGCAAAGGUUGUGGAGCAUGCUAUCAGGUUAAAUGCACAGAAGAUGUUAAUGGAGCAUGCUCAGGAUCUCCUGUUACUGUGGUUAUAACCGAUCAAUGUCCAGGAGGUCCUUGCGUCUCAGAUUCAGUUCACUUCGAUUUAAGUGGCACAGCUUUUGGAGCCAUGGCCACUUCCGGCGAAGCUGAUGAAUUGCGCAAUGCCGGAGUCCUAAAAAUACAGUAUAAGAGGGUUCCGUGUAACUAUCCUGGAGUAUCUGUGGCCUUUCACGUCGAUGCUGGCUCCAAUCCCGACUAUUUUGCCGCAUUGGUUGAAUUCGAAGAUGGGGAUGGCGAACUUUCGGGGGUUCAACUCAAACAAGCACUGGAUUCGGAAUCAUGGCUUCCCAUGCAGCAAUCUUGGGGUGCUGUCUGGAAAUUGGACACGGGUUCUACAUUGCAAGCUCCAUUUUCAAUUAAGCUAACAGCAGAAUCCGGCGCCACUCUGGUGGCAAACAAUGUCAUCCCUGCUGGCUGGCAACCUGGAAGCACUUAUAGAUCAGUUGUAAAUUUCAAUGCCUAGGUUUAAGGAAUAUAAGAACCAGCUCAUAGUUUUUAUUAGAGCAAAAUGGAUGAUGAGUACAUCGUCAAGGAAAUAA